CAAAACCGUUAUCAGCGGGGCUGUCAAAAGUGUGUGUUGGUAAACGUGUCUCCCAUGAUAAAAAUAUGCUAAAAUCAUAGUUCACAAUGAGUAUUCCAUUGCGAAGUAAUACGGAACCCAAAUCCAGUUCGUGGUAGCGCUGCUGCUGCUAGUUGCCCUUUCACUAAACUGGAUCGAACCGACAGUCUGUUGUGCAACUCAGGCGGCAAAGCAAAUCGGCACUGAGCUAGCCGACCAGAAACUUGUUUACAUUCACGGGCACCUCCCCACCCACCCAGAUACAAUCGCUGCAUAGUGCUGUGUUAUGUUGGCGUGAGUGAAACAGAGCAGGCGUCCUGGUCAUGUUGAGAUAGCAACCGAGUCUCGUCAUCAUUGCUUCCGUGUUCCCGUUCAACCUCCCACCACCCUUCAAAAAGGCCUCUUGAAAGCCUCACACAAAAACUGGUCCGUUCGGAAAGUGGUCGCGUUCCCUGCAACGGCAGUCUUUCGAUGGUGGUUUCAUUGUAGUGUGGCAUUCAUUGUGCAACGAAACGGUCGCAGAGAUCCGCAUUGCGUGUGUGAGCGUGUGAAAGUAUUUGUACGGGAUGGGUGAAAGGUACGCCACGAUUGCAGGCCAACUGGCCAAAUGGCACCAGGGUCAUCUGCUAACGUUCUGGGGCGAACUGACGGAGCAGCAACGGGCCGGAUUGUUAGAUUCGCUGUCCGAUAGCGUCGAUUGUGCUUCGCUGGAUGAAGCAUUCCGUUGCGCCAUGGCAACCGCCACGUCGACGAAGGAGGAUUUAAACGAACUGCUAAAACCACUCGCCAGAGAACGUUAUCUAUCGGUGGCCGAGGCUUCGGAGACCGAACUGAACGACUUACGGCAAGCUGGGCUGGAGCAGAUCCGCCAGGGAAGGGUGGGCGUAAUAUUGUUGGCCGGUGGGCAAGGAACCCGGCUUGGUUCGACCGCCCCGAAAGGCACGUACAAUGUUAACCUGCCGUCAGGUAAAUCGCUAUUCCAGCUGCAAGCGGAACGUAUCCGGAAGCUGCAACAGUUGGCCGGGGGCGAGGGUCGCAUCAAUUGGUACAUAAUGACCAGCGAGCAUACGCACACGGAAACGCUCGACUACUUCAAGGAGAAUCAGUACUUUGGGCUCCCGGCGGAUCAGAUACGGUUGUUCCGCCAGCGUAGUGUGCCGUGCGUGGAUUUCGAAGGCCGCAUACUGCUGGACGAGAAAUGGAAAUUGGCCACUGCACCGGACGGUAACGGCGGUAUCUAUCGCGCCCUCAAGGACGAAGGCAUUCUCGACGAGCUGGAGCGAGCGGGCGUACUGUACCUGCAUGCCCAUAGCGUGGACAACAUUCUAAUUAAAGUGGCAGAUCCGGUUUUCAUCGGGUACUGCAUCCGCAAAGGUGCCGACUGUGGCGUGAAGGUGAUCGAGAAGGUAGAACCGGACGAAGCGGUCGGUGUGGUGUGUGAGGUAAAGGGAAAGUACCAGGUGGUCGAAUACAGUGAGCUUUCCAGCGAAACGGCCAACCGGCGCAAUCCAAGCGAUGGGAAGCUAACGUUCAACGCGGGCAACAUUUGCAAUCACUUCUUCACGACUGACUUUCUACGACGGAUUGCCGACACGACAAUGCCGCUGCACGUGGCGAAGAAGAAGAUACCGUACGUCGAUCCGGCUACCGGCGAUCGGAUCAAGCCCACCACACCGAACGGCAUCAAGAUGGAAAAGUUCAUCUUUGACGUAUUUCCGCUAGCGGAACGGUUUGUGGCAUUGGAGGGCCGCCGGGGGGAAGAGUUCAGUGCCCUCAAGAAUGCUGACACGGCUGGCAUCGAUUGUCCUUCCAGUGUGCGGGGCGACAUCUAUCGAUUGCACCGGAAGUGGCUUAUCAAUGCGGGCGCAACCGAAGUGCUUGAUGCUGCCGACGCAUCGUUUGAUUGCGAAAUUUCUCCGCUCUUAUCGUACGCGGGCGAAGGUCUGGAGACGGCUGCCAGCGGUCAAAGCUUCCGCUGUCCGGUGCAUCUGACUGGCGCUGACGAGCGGCAACCGCACUAACGCCGAGGAGCUAAAAAUAAUAUUCCAUAUGUAACUGAUCCACGCUGCCAGAUAGAAGCGAUGCUGCUGCAGAUGUAUGCGUAAUCAAUGGGAAGCAACAAAAGAGCGCGAUAACUGGACCUGCUAUCGCUUUCCCAUCGAAUUAUCGCGUACUUCUUUGCUGGGGGUCCAGACAGACCACCAUUGAAACCGAAAAUAAUGGUGCAGCAAAAAACAAAAAACAGGAACAAGAGUACAUCGAACCGAAAGAUGUAAUUAUCUUAUUCGCGUAUCGGCAGCAAAAUAAUGAGCUUUUUCUGUUGAUGAAUGCUGCUUUAUGCUUAUGCACUACAAUUGGAGUACUCCUUCGGACAAUGAUUGGCGCGAAACGUAGCUACUAUCAGUUGAUCUGUUCAAAUCUAUGAAUCUUUAUUUUGUUUUUAGUUCAAAUGCGUCAAUACCCCUGUUUUCGUUAUGUGAAUAGACACGAAAAAGCUGUACUUUCUAGUUCCGUUCACGACGACGUAUCUCAAUUAACUCGAUUAUUUUGCACAACGUUAGCAGCCAAGGCCCGUUUUUCUUUCCGUGUAUAUUCUGCAUUUAACUUUAUUUGGCUAAUGUUCGAAAAACAACACGCAUCCACAUGAUGGCAGCUUGUGUUGCCAUGAGACGGAUAGAAAGCGGGAGAUAGAGAGAGAAAGAGAGCGAAAGCUAAAAACGAUCCCGGGGACCCAAAACAUUCCGAAACAUGCCCCUGUUUUAACAGCGAAAACAAUCUUCGUCGUUCAUCAAAGGGAGUCAGAAAAAAAGGAAACGAUGAAUGAUCUCGUGGUUGAAGUGGAUCGUCGCGCGUUUUACGAUAAUCAUCACACUUACACACACGCACGCCGUGUUAAUUGUUUACUCUUUUGCUUGUGCGGCUUAUCUUUAAAAUUUUGCACGCAAGGAAACCCCUACCCCGCAAUAUGUUUUUUAUCCCUUCCUCUGCUAUGUUUGUUAUCUGUUUAGUUAUCAAUAUUGAUAGUAAGUAGUUGGUUGAGAGUUCGCGUAAGCUGUGUUUUCCUUAGCAGCGGAUCUAAUGAGAUUUCUUUUAUCGUAUACAACCGAUUUCUAACUGCAAAACCUAGCGCAACGCUAUACUUAAGAAACGAGUUUUUACCAAUUUUAUGCAUAUUAGAUCAAAUAUAUGGCGGCUUCUUUUAUAUAGAAAAAUAAAAUACGGAACAAACGCCUUUCGAAGAACAAA